AUGGGCAACGCGCACCGCAAGAGGAGCCCGGCGGGCACCAAAGCCGGCUCCUCCUGGCCCUUCGGCCGCGCCGGGAAGCCGAGGGCAGUGUCCACACGGCAGCCGCCUCCUCCUGCCCAAGACGCGGUGCCUUCCAACCAGCUCCACCACGCCGUGCACCUCAAGGCCGCCGCCUUGGCCUCCGGAGAGGCCGCGGAGAAGCCACCGGGCGGCCGAGCGGCCCAGCCCGGCCCCGAGGGGCUCCCCGGGGACGGGCAGCUGUCCCCCAGGAACAAAUCGCCGGCCUCCACCGCCAGCUUCAUCUUCGCCAAGAGCUCCAGGAAGCUGGUGAUCGAAACCACGUCGUCCCCCGAGGCACAGGCCGACCUGAAGAGGAACUUGGUGGCCGAGCUGAUGAAUUUCUCGGGGCAGCGCUCGGCAGCCCCAGCUGCUGCUGUCCCGCAGGGCCCCGGAAAGGCACAAGCCCAGCGAAAACCUGGCAAGAUCCCCCCUCCAGUAGCCAAGAAACCUUCGCUUGGCUCGGGGCCGGCUCCUUCCCCGAAGGCAGCGGGGGCAGAGGCGUUGGGCUCCCCGGUGCUGGACGGGGAUGCCAAGGUGGAGGAGAGCAGGACUAAGAGCGAGCUGGCGGGGACAGAGGGCAGCAACACCACGGAGCCGCCGGCUCACAGCCUCCCUGCACAAGACGGACGGGGAGACACGGCCUGAAGGACGAUGCUGCAGGACUGGAGCCCCCACGGACAGGAAUCCAAAUCUCUCAGGGACCUGGGCAGGUCAACGGACGAGUGUGGAACUGGCAACUAACUUAAUACAGGAAGCAAACAGCCUUAGCCUCCACGGCCUUGAUGAUAUUUAUGCAAAAAUGGUGUUGGUUUCACUUUCCUAAGUACUACAGCUUUAUUUUGCUUUUUUUUUUACUGGACUCAAGGCCUGUGCCCAGAGCCAGCACCUCCUCCCUGCCAAGCUGAUGCUUGGUCUGGGUGUGUGGAACCGAGCAGCCCACCCAGAGGAGUUUGGGGGCCAAGGACAGCGGAGCUGGGGCCACUGCUGCCGGCCAGACAGGCCCACGAGGAAUGGAAGCACUUUGGACAAGGGAAUGAGAAGGCUUUGGCCACGACAGUGCCUGGGGGGAUGCAAACAGGAACAGGAGUGGAUGGAGGUGCUGGUUGGGAGGGACUGGGGCUUUGGCUCUUGAUGGAAAGGCAAGAGGGGCUCGUGGUCAGCACUGGCCGCUUGCCACUUGCCACUGCCCAGCAGGAGGAAGGACCUGGCUGCCCCUUGAGCUGGCCCUGGGCUCUGGGGUAGAGCCUUGAUUCUGUUUCUGUAAACUUGGGUCACAUUUUGAUUUCUUUGAUUGUAAAAAAAAAAACCAACAAAAACCACAAAACGAAAACCAAACGAAACAAACCCAACCAAACCAAACCAAACCGAACCAAACCAAAAACAACCGACCUUCUGCCGCCGAGUAGCUGCUCAGAGCUCUGUACCUGGCUGGUAAAAAUGAUGACCGAA